AUGUUGCCUCAGGUUAGCAUUCCACUAAUUAUUAUAAUAAUUUUGAUCAUUGGAGGGUUUGUUGGAAAUGGAUUUAUUGCAGUCAUUAAUUGCCUUGACUGGAUCAAAAGUAGGAAAAUCACUUCCUCUGAUAUGAUCCUGAUACCUCUGAGCACAUCAAGAUUUGUGUUGCAGGGGACGUUAACAGUGUAUAUCCACAGUCUCUACUUUCCAGAUACACCCAAACUGGCUCCUCUGUAUACAGCAUCUGUUAUCCUAUGGAUGUUUGUAAACCAUGCCAGUCUCUGGUUUGCAACCUGCCUCAACGUCUUGUACUGCGUAAAGAUCAUCAGUUUCACCCAACCACUCUUACUGCGAAUGAAGCAGAGAAUCUCUGGGAUGGUUCCAUGGCUGCUCCUGGGGUCGGUGCUGAUUUCUUCUGUCACCUCUAUCCCAUUGUUGUGGAAUCCGAGUGCAAUUCAGCCCUGCAACUUAACAGGGGAUCAUCUAGAGAACAACUCUGUGGCAGACAUUCAUUUGGAUAGCCCAUAUCUCUUUUUUUUCCUGUACAUUGCAGGGAGUUUCUUUCCUCUUACAAUAUCUUUAGUGUCUUCAAUCCUAUUAAUUACUUCUCUAUGGAGUCACACCAAGAAGAUGCAACAAAAUAUAGCCAGCUUCAGGGAUCCCAAGACAGGUGCUCAUAUAAAUGCCAUUAAAGCAUUGAUCUCUUUCCUUAUCCUCUAUGUUUCCAGUUUUGCUGCUCAAAUUAUAUCAUUACUGCUUAACAAGGUAGAUAACUACAUCUGGACUUUUGAAAUCUGUGCAAUAAUGAUUGCUGCAUAUCCUUCAAUACACCCCAUUAUCUUGAUUUUAAUUAAUUCCAAACUAAAAGAGGCAUCAGUGAGGAUUAUCCAGUGUGCAAAGUGCCAUCUGAGAAAAGAGACUUCUUAA